AUGGCAUCGGGGACCGCGCUACGGAAGCCGGGAAGGCGGGGGGCCGCAGCCUCAGCCUCAGCCAGCCGGAGGAUGCUGAGCCCCGAUCGCUUAGCGCUGCCCGACUACGAGUAUUUGGCUCAGCGACACGUCCUCACGUACAUGGAGGAUGCAGUGAGCCAGCUGCUGGAGAACAGGGAGGAUAUUAGUCAAUACGGCAUUGCGAGGUUCUUCACUGAAUACUUUAACAGCGUAUGCCAGGGGACACAUAUUCUCUUCCGAGAGUUUAGCUUCAUCCAGGCCACUCCCCAUAACAGGGCAUCCUUCUUACGGGCUUUCUGGAGAUGCUUUCGAACUGUGGGCAAGAAUGGAGAUCUGCUGACCAUGAAGGAAUACCACUGCUUGCUGCAGCUGCUCUGCCCGGACUUCCCGCUGGAGCUCACUCAGAAGGCAGCCAGGAUCGUACUCAUGGACGACGCGAUGGACUGCCUCAUGUCUUUUUCGGAUUUUCUCUUUGCCUUCCAGAUCCAGUUCUAUUACUCGGAAUUCUUGGAGAGCGUGGCUGCCAUUUAUCAGGACCUGCUGACGGGCAAAAACCCCAACACCGUCAUAGUGCCAACAUCGUCCAGCGGGCAGCAUCGUCAGCGGCCUUCCUUGAAUGAGACCAGUGCCCUGGAGGGAGUGGAGGCUUCCCUCUUCUAUCAGUACCUGGAGAACCUGUGUGACCGCCACAAGUACAGCUGUCCACCUCCACCUCUUGUGAAAGAAGUCCUGAGUAAUGUUCAGAGACUGACCUUCUACGGAUUCCUCGUGGCGCUCUCCAAGCAUCAUGGAAUCAACCAAGCCCUGGGGGCUCUGCCCGACAAGGGGGACCUGAUGCACGACCCAGCCAUGGAUGAGGAGUUGGAGAGACUGAUGGCCCAGGUACCAGGGCUCCUCACCACUACCACCUCUGGCCCAGAGAGUGGCUGUCCACGGACCUCUCCCCGUGUGGGGUCCCCCUGGAGACCCCUCCACCAUCCCCGAAAAGUGGAUGCAGAGAGUGACGGCUCCACCGAAGAGACGGAGGAGUCCGAGCCCUGAGAGGCCCCGGAGGGCCCAGCACCCUACCCUGCCGGGGCCAGCACCCCUGCACAAAUUUCUCCCCCAUCCUUGCACCAGGUCCCCUCCCCAAGUCCCCCUUUCAAGACUCACCAGCUGGGCACAUAGGGCAAACCCUUUCCCUCCCUCUCUCUUCUCGCCCCUGUGGCACACUCCCCUCUGCUGGUAGGCACAGCGAGUGACAGCAGGGCUGGCAGCAGGCUGACGCAGGCCCCCACCUCCACUGAGCUCCACCCAGAUUCACCCACACUUCUGGGAAGACAUUGCCGCCAUCCCCCUCCCGGCCCAGAGUCACCACGUGAUCCCACGGGAUCGGGAAGCAGGGAGGGCCCCCCUGGGGGCCUCAAUGUGCCAGGCCAGAGUAGCUCACAAUCCCCUGCGGGCACCUGCUCGUCCAGGAAGGAGCCCCAGACGGGUGGGAUGAGAAGGGGCGGGAAAGAUGGCGAUCCCCUUCUUUAAAAACUGUCCUUAACCCUUGUUCUGUCUUAAAGCUAUGUAGUUCAAUAUGUGAAACUAUAAUAAAGUCCCUUGUGUCCAGGA